CAGCGGGUUGUUUCGGCGGAGAGACGAGCGCGGACCUUGGGCACCAGCGACGCGGUGGCCUGGCUGGGUGGCGCGCAUGACCGCGUCACAUGCACAGCCGCGGCGCGCGUGACGCUCAGGCACGGGGACGCCGUCAUGUGACAGGGUCGUCUAAGCGCCUGUGUCUGCUGGCCAGGUGCUGUGCCGGCAAGUGUCAGCCGGCUGGACUGUUCGCUUGUUCGCUUUGAUCGGUGGACUGUUCACCCGUGUCGGUGGACUACUGGCUCGCUUGGCGAUCCUGUUCAGCGCCCUUCGCUCGCCUCUUCCUGUUCGCCUUUUCCUCCUUGAUUCCCCCCCACCAGCCAAUGGCAGCCGCCGAUCCUGCCGCCCAAUCGCGCUUUCCCACGGCUUUGUCACACCGCGGCAUGGCCCUUCCACCCCCAAUGCCCACCGCUUUUAUACCCCCCCGGCUUGCGUCUCCGUCCAGCACCCUCCAUCGCCUGUCUGGCCCUUGCAUGCAAAUGAAACUGCGCUGGUUCUCGCUGCUCUUCGCCGUCCUGGCCCUGGCGCUCUGCGUCGCUGCCGAUGCCUCUGUCCCUGUCACGGACGCUCCCGUCGCCUCCGGCAACGAGCUGCCCUCUGACUUUGUCCCCCUCGUUGAUGUCGAUCCCAAGAAGGGCGAGCGCUUCCAGUUCGAGACCGAAGUCGGACGGCUCAUGCAUCUGAUCAUCAACAGCCUGUACAAAACCAAAGAAAUCUUCCUGCGCGAGUUGAUCUCGAACGCCUCGGAUGCCAUCGACAAGAUCCGUUUCCUGGCCCUGACCGACAAGGACGCCCUCUCCACCAACCCCGAUCUCAAGAUCACCGUCCUGGCCAACCCCCAAGACGGCACCAUCACCAUCACCGACACUGGUGUCGGCAUGACCAAGGAGGACCUCAAGAAAAACCUCGGCACCAUCGCCAAGUCCGGCACAUCCGAGUUCCUGGCCUCGUUGGAGAGCAACAAGACCAGCGACGUGGGCUUGAUUGGCCAGUUUGGUGUUGGCUUCUACUCGGUUUUCCUCGUUGCAGACCGUGUCACCGUUGUCAGCAAGCACAACUCAGACAAACAGUAUGUCUGGCAAUCCAGCGUUGCCAGUGAUUUCACCAUCUUUGAAGAUCCUCGCGGUGACACCCUCGGCCGCGGCACCCAAAUCACUAUCCACCUCAAGGAAGAUGCUGUGGAGUAUCUGCAGGAAGAUCGCCUCAAGGGCUUGAUCAAGCAAUACUCGGAGUUCAUCAACUUCCCUAUCUAUGUGUGGUCAACCAAGGUCGAGAAGGAGGAGGUCCCUGUCGAAGACGACGAGUCUGCCUCCACCGAGGAGAACGAGGAUGGCGUCGAGGAUGCCCCCUCCGAGUCGACCCCCAAGACCAAGACCGUCGAGCACGUGUCGCACGAUUGGGAGCUCGUCAACCAGAACAGGCCUCUGUGGACCCGCAGCCCUCGCCAGGUCUCCGAGGAAGAAUACAAGGACUUUUAUCGUGCCUUCACCAAGGGCUACGAUGAGCCCAUCGGCUGGACCCAUUUCUCUGCCGAAGGCGAUCUCGAGUUCCGCUCGAUCCUCUAUGUGCCUGGCAAGGCUCCGUCCAACUUUUUGCAGGGCCCCUCGGAUGCCACGCUCUUCAAGAACAUCAAGCUGUUUGUGCGCCGUGUGUUCAUCACGGACGAGCUCAUGGACUUUAUGCCCAAGUACUUGCAGUUCCUCAAGGGUCUCGUCGACUCGGAUGACAUGCCCCUCAACGUCUCGCGCGAGACUCUACAGCAGAGCUCGAUCCUGAAGUUGAUUCGGAAGAAACUGAUUGCCAAGGCCCUCGACCUGUUCAAGUCCAUGACCAAGGACGAGGAGCAGUACAGCCGCUUCUGGAAGGAGUUUGGUAUUGCCAUCAAGUUCGGCAUCCUCGAGGAGGACCAAACCAACCGCGUCAAGCUCGCCAAUCUGCUGAGGUUCCACACCAGCUUCAAGGAGGGCGAGACUGCCAAGAUGACCAGCCUGGACCAGUACAUUGCUCGCAUGAAGAAGGGCCAGACCCAGAUCCUCUGCGUGACUGGCGCCAGCAUGGAUGAGGCUGUCAACUCUCCUUUCACCGAGAAGCUUGUGGCCCGUGGCUACGAAGUUCUGUACAUGACCGACCCGCUCGACGAGUACGUCAUCCAGCACCUCACCAAGUACAGCGGCCACUCGUUCCACAACAUUGUCAAGGACGGAGUCAAGUUUGGCGAUGAAGACGAGGAUUCCAAAGAGGAGGAGGAGGCCCUCAUCGAGAAGUUUGAGCCUCUGACCAGCUGGUUCAGCCGCAUCCUCGAGAAGACGAUCGAGAAGACGGUCAUCUCGAACAAGCUCACCAAGUCGCCUGCCGCCAUCACCGCCCCGACCUAUGGCGUGUCUGGCACCAUGCAGCGCCUCAUGGAUGCUCAUUCCAACUCUGCGGAAAACAGAUACACCAACUUUUACGGCAACCAGCGCAAGAUUCUCGAGAUCAACCCUGAUCAUCCGAUCAUUCAGAACCUCCUCGCCAAGGUCCAGGAGGAUCCCGAGGAUCCCAAGCUCAAGGAAACCGCCCAGGUCCUCUAUGAGACAACCUUGCUGCGCAGUGGUUACAGCCUGAAAGACUGGGUGUCGUUUACCCAGAGAAUCGAGAAUGUUGUCCGCAGCAACCUCGGCGUCUCUCUUGAUGCCCAGGCCACGGUCAAGAUCCGCCCUGCUCCCGAGGCCGAGACCGAGAAGAAGCAGGGAAGCGCUGAGGAAGUCUUUGACGACGACGAGUCGCCCAAGGGCCACGAUGAGCUCUAAACCGCCAAGUAGGCUCGUUCCAUCAGCGUCCGACCCCAACAGGAGCGAAUCACUUUGUUUUGAAGCCGUUGACUACCCUGCAGCCCACACAUACCGAAACGGGGGUAUUCGUGUCUGAGCGCGGAUGGUGGAUUUGUUUCGGGGACCUACAUUCCGAACGCGAAUACAAACACAUCUUCGCCUAUA